GCGGAGUAGGUGACGUUGACUAGUGUUUAGACAGUAUCUGCUACUUUUACUUUCACUGAUUCUCUUUGUGGUUAAGACUCGCGACUUCUAUUCGGAUACAAAAGUAUACUCACAACCAACUAAGAACUACAGCACAAAAAUGGUGGAAGCUGCAAUGGGGAAGAUUAUUGUGAUGAUGGUUGCGAUAAUGGGAGUGAUAGAGAGCAUUCCCAUGCCCACAUCUAUGGAUCAAAGUUUUCCGGAACCCCACACCACCACCCCCACCCACGCCCGCCACGGCCACCUCCUGCACGGGAUGUUGGGUGACCUGGAGUCAUAUGUGUUUGAUGAUGUGGUAGAGUUCUUGUUCCAGCAGUUGGGAGACGAGCUGCCCCAAGCUAGGAGCGGCCACAAUAAACCACACCAUUACGAAGGAGGAGACUACUAUCCCCUGCCGUCAGAAUACUUCAAGCGCAGGGACACGGACCAGUCUUGUAUAGCCAUCACGGGAUAUAUAGACAGCAACAUCAUUUGCCUAAACAUCUUCACUGCUCUGUCCGUCGCUGGUCUGGCUCUACUAUUGCAGUUCCUCUUCUAUGCGUGUGUGUCUAACCUCUGUCCAGAGGUUAUAAGUCAAAUAACUAUAAACAGUAAUGGUACGAGUGGUACAAGCGGCAGUGGUAACGUACCUAACAUCAGUAAUGUCAUCACUAUCGACACUUCUAACGAUGUUUCAGUGGAGCAGAAUGAUUAUUUUGACAUUUCUUUUCCUCCUUUUCGUUCUAGGAACAGGGAUGCUUUAGUGCAAGAAAAUGGGGAAAGGAGUGACGUGAAAGUGGAUGCGAAUCUAGGUGAGGAUGACAACAGCAAAGAUGAUCUCCGUGCUAGAGAAGUUAGGAAGAAUGAACAAAGUAAAAUAGGUAACAGUAGAUUUAAGGUGACUAUAAAUGGUGUAGAGCAAGAAGAUGAGAAUGGGGACAGAGCAUACAAGUAUGAACGAAGAGGAGUAUUGCGGAAACAAACGCAGGAACAGAAUAAGGAAGAAACAAAUAUGAAAACACCAGAACAGGAUGAUGUGCAGAAACUUAAAGACAAGGAAGGAGGAAGGAGCUUCACUAUGCACAUCUCGCAUGACAGUUUCAUAGGAAGACUCUUGUCAUGGGGUAACUGGGGCCUCUCCUUGCCUUCCCUGCGAUACAACACAAACAUCUGUCCCAUGCUAGCUCGCUAUGUUCAACGCUAGGAGAACUCUAUCUAUGGAGCUUUAAACACAAGAACACAUAUUUGUAAGCAUAUCAUAAAUAACUGUAGCUUUACGAUGCCAGGCAUUGAUUGCUGCACGACAACAAGAGCAAUACCAGUCAGCAUGAGCAGGUGCACUCAUCAACACCAUCACCGUCUUUGUUCUUGUACAUAUGACAGCACUUUUAACGCAAUCACAAUCCCUGCAACACCAUCACUUCAUGUAUAAGCAACACCUGAGUCUAUGGACUUGUUCGACAACUACUUCCAAUAGAUAAUAAUACAACAAACUCUACUAACAAAAGUGUAUGCAUACGUAUGUGUAUAUGUCAUUAUUCAAUGACCUUAUUAAUGUAUUACCUUUCAUAGUUAAUGUUCGCAUUUAUUUGUAUUUAUAAAUAGAUAUAAACAAUAUUAAAAUAAAGAAUUUAUUUACCUA